AUGUCUCUAGUUCCACCAGGAGGUCUAAUUCUCGUUACCGGCGCCAACGGCUACAUCGCCAGCGUCACCAUCCAAGUUUUCCUCCAACGCGGCUACCGCGUCCGCGGUCCCUUCGAACUUGUGGAGGUACCCGACAUUCAUUCCCCUGGUGCCUUCGACAUGGCUCUAAAAGGCGUGGACGGCGUUGCCCACAUCGCUAUGAACAUGGAUAUGAGCCCGCAAAACCAGGCAAUCAUCAACGACACCAUCGAAUCCAACCUACGGCUUCUCGAAGCGGCUGCAGCGGAACCGAGUGUCAAGAGCGUGGUCAUCACGUCGUCCCUGGCUGCGUGCAUACUCCCAGAAACUGGCAAGCCGUACAGGGUUACCCCAGCUACCUGGAACACCGCAGCCAUUGAACAAACGGCCAGGCCGUGGAACGGCGAGGGGAACCCCCGCUGGUACGGAAUUGUCCUCUACGGAGCCGCCAAAGCGCGUGGUGAGCAGGAAGCCUUUAAAUGGGUGCGCGAGCAUAAGCCAGCCUUCUCCUUCAACACAGUCGUGCCCAACGUGAACUUCGGGACUACCGUAUCGCCAGAGAACAUGGGCUACCGCAGCUCCUCGGCGGUCAUCGAUGCUGUUGUUAAAGGAUACCCUGCGGCGCCGUCGAUUUUGCCGUCGCAGUGGUAUGUCGAUGUUGAGGACACGGCACUACUACACUUAGGCGCCUUGACGCUUGACGACGUGCACGACGAGCGUCUGCUUGCCUUUGCAGGAAGAUACUUGUGGACGCAGGCUCUGGAGAUCUUGCAUAGACGGUAUCCGCAGGAGAUCAUGCUGCAGUCAGUGGAAGAGCCGGCUGUAGAUGCUGGCGAGGUAGAAAAUGAACGCAGCAUUCAGGUGCUGAAGAAGAUGGGUAAGGAGGACGGGUUUACGUCAUUGGAGGACGCCCUUGUCAAGGCUGUUAAUCUGAUUAUUCAGAACCAGUCUAAGAACGUGCCUAAGACGAGGAUAGAUCUUUACUACGAGUCUCUAAGUAAGUAA